AUGGAGACAUUAUUUUUACCUCAUGGCCAAAAACAGAAUGUGCAAAAUUCUGCUAGCAAGUCCUUGAAAGAUCUGUGGCUUGUUGUACGCGAAGGGUCUGUGGCUGAUGUUGAUUCGGCUUUGGCAUUAUUGAAGAAGAAUGGGGGAAAUAUCAAUUCAAGGAACGCAUUUGGCCUCACGCCUCUACACGUUGCAACAUGGAGAAAUCAUGUACCUAUAGUCAGAAGGCUUCUUGCUGCUGGUGCAGAUCCUAAUGCUAGGGACGGGGAGUCAGGAUGGAGUAGCCUUCACAGGGCUCUGCAUUUUGGUCAUCUUGCGGUAGCAAGCAUCAUUCUCCAGUCUGGGGCUUCUAUCACUUUGGAGGACUCUAAAUCUCGAACCCCUGUUGAUCUACUCUCUGGGCCUGUGAUACGGGCUGUUGGGAACGGAGAUAAUUCAGUGGCUACCGAGGUGUUUAGCUGGGGUAGUGGUGUCAACUAUCAGCUAGGAACUGGAAAUGCACACAUACAAAAGUUACCAUGCAAACUUGAUUCAUUUCAUGGUUCACUUAUCAAAUCACUUUCUGCUGCGAAGUUCCACAGUGUAGCAGUCACUGGCCGAGGAGAAGUUUACACAUGGGGAUUUGGAAGGGGCGGUCGCCUUGGGCACCCUGAUUUUGAUAUUCACAGCGGCCAAGCUGCAGUUAUCACUCCCCGGCAGGUGACUUUUGGUUUAGGGGCCCGCAGGGUGAAGGCUAUUGCAGCGGCUAAACAUCACACUGUCAUUGCAACAGAGGGCGGGGAGGUGUUUACUUGGGGUUCAAAUAGAGAGGGUCAGCUUGGCUAUACUUCCGUGGAUACCCAGCCCACACCAAGGAGAGUUAGUUCCCUAAAGUCAAAAAUUGUUGCUGUUGCUGCAGCAAACAAACACACUGCUGUAGUUUCUGAUUCGGGUGAGGUUUUCACAUGGGGAUGCAAUAAAGAAGGUCAGCUUGGAUAUGGCACCUCUAACUCAGCUUCAAAUUACACUCCAAGAGUGGUUGAAUACUUGAAGGGCAAGAUUUUCACUGGAGUUGCAGCAGCAAAAUAUCACACAAUUGUUUUAGGAGCUGAUGGAGAGGUAUUUACUUGGGGUCACCGGCUUGUUACUCCAAGACGUGUAGUUAUAACUAGAAAUAUUAGAAAAUUUGGGAGUUCUCCAUUGAAGUUUCAUCGUAAGGAACGCCUACAUGUGGUUGCUAUAGCUGCAGGGAUGGUACACAGCAUGGUUCUUACAGACGAUGGUGCCUUGUUUUAUUGGGUGUCCUCUGAUCCUGAUCUUCGAUGUCAACAGGUUUUGUUUGACUGA